GCUCUUCCGAUCUCGUACAUAAGAUCUUACUCAGAGACUUUUUUCUUCUUUGCUUGUCGGCGAUCCCCGCCAUUCCACAGUCAGGAUGGCUCGGGAUAUGUCUGAUAAGGAGAUCUUGAAAAUGGAGUUGGAGCAGCUGAAGAAAGAAGUGAACACACCAAGGACAGCAGUGAGUGCAAACUGCACAGACACAAUCUCCUUUGUGGAGGCGCUGCUUCCCAACGACCCGCUCAUCAAGGGAGUCCCCGAUGACAAAAACCCCUACAAAGGGGACAAGGGUGGUUGCCUAAUCACAUAGCGCGCGGCUGGAAUUUUCUACGACCACCGACCGAAUUCUCGCAGAUGGAAUGUACAGCACGCUAGCAAGAUCAGAUAUGUAAAGUAUGGCUCUUUGUAAUUAAAUGCGACCGGCUUCAAGAAA